AUGGAGGAUGCACACGAUCAAUCGUCACGCCCUCUCUCAUUCGAGUUGGAGAGUAACCACCACUCACUUCGACAGCUAACCCCUCCCAUUUGCACUUCAUACCCAUCCAACGAGAAUGAAGAUGUCUCCCAAUCGCUGCUACCUGCGCCGCUUAACGACCGUUAUCCUCCUAUUAGCUCACAAUGGCCACCUGGUACCAUACAACAAAAUCCGUCCGAAGAUCCGCAUCAGCAAACUGAAUCCGAAGUGGCCAGUCAGACCUCGUGGCAGCGACGACAGACUACGAAAUCGGGCUCAGGCCUACGCCGUUACCCAACUCGCAGGAUCAAUCUAGUCCAGGGAUCCGUCCUCAGUGUCGACUAUCCUGUUCCUAGCGCCAUUCGCAACUCGGUCGAAGCAAAAUACCGCGAUUCAAAUGAUGCAACAGCCGAGGAGUUCACUCAUUUACGAUACACGGCUGCAACCUGCGACCCCGACGAUUUCACUCUACGCAAUGGAUAUAAUCUGCGGGCUGCCAUGUUCAAUCGACAUACAGAGAUACUCAUUGCCAUUACCUAUUACAACGAAGAUAAAGUUCUUACUGCUCGAACUCUUCAUGGAGUUAUGCAGAAUAUUCGAGAUAUUGUCAAUUUGAAGAAGACACAAUUCUGGGACAAAGGAGGACCUGCGUGGCAGAAGAUCGUUGUCUGUCUUAUUUUCGAUGGUAUUGGUCCCUGCGAUAAGAACACUCUUGAUGUCUUGGCCACAGUCGGCAUAUAUCAGGAUGGAAUAAUGAAGCAUGAUGUUGAUGGAAAAGAGACCGUGGCACAUAUUUUCGAAUAUACCACCCAGCUAUCGAUAACUCCUUCCCAGCAGCUAAUACGCCCGCAGGUCGACAAUCCCGACAAUUUACCGCCCGUACAGAUGAUCUUCUGCUUGAAACAAAAGAACAGCAAGAAGAUCAAUUCGCAUCGGUGGCUUUUUAAUGCAUUUGGAAGAGUUCUGAACCCAGAGGUCUGUAUAUUGAUCGACGCAGGGACGAAGCCUGGACACAAAUCCCUCCUAGCCCUCUGGGAGGCGUUCUACAACAAUAAACACCUGGGAGGCGCCUGUGGUGAAAUUCACGCUUUACUUGGCCCACGUUGGGAAAAAUUAGUGAAUCCCUUGGUUGCUGCGCAGAACUUCGAGUAUAAAAUAUCCAACAUAUUAGACAAACCUUUAGAGAGUGCCUUUGGGUACGUCAGUGUCUUACCAGGGGCGUUUUCUGCUUACCGCUACCGUGCUAUCAUGGGUCGACCUUUAGAGCAGUAUUUCCACGGCGAUCACACUUUAUCCAAGAAACUGGGUAAGAAGGGAAUAGAGGGUAUGAAUAUCUUCAAGAAGAAUAUGUUUCUUGCUGAGGAUCGUAUUCUGUGCUUUGAGCUUGUCGCGAAGGCGGGAUACAAAUGGACGCUGAGUUAUGUGAAAGCCUCCAAAGGGGAGACAGACGUUCCAGAAGCACCUCCAGAGUUUCUUAGUCAAAGGCGGCGAUGGUUGAAUGGGUCCUUCGCCGCCAGCCUUUAUUCGGUCAUGCACUUCAACCGCAUCUACAAAAGUGGCCAUAAUUUACUCCGACUCGUUUUUCUGCAUGUGCAGUUAGUCUAUAAUAUCUGUCAGCUUACCAUGACUUGGUUUUCUCUGGCUUCCUACUGGCUUACUACCUCGGUCAUCAUGGACAUCGUUGGAACUCCAAGUGCGACGAUAAAAAACAAGGGAUGGCCAUUUGGGAAUGAUGCCUCACCUAUCGUUAAUAACAUCAUAAAGGCCUUAUACCUGGCAUUUUUAAUGCAGCAAUUCUUCCUUGCGCUCGGAAAUCGACCUAAAGGGUCCCAAACUUCCUAUAUUUUAACCUUUCUCUACUUCGCGAUCGUUCAACUGUACAUCCUCAUACUGUCAUUUUACCUCGUGGCCCAGGCAUUUUCUGGAGGAAAUAUAGACCUCGACUUCGAUAAUGGUGCUGGAGGAUUUGUGGGUUCUUUUUUCACUUCGACGACAGGACUAGUGUUGAUCGCCCUGGUUUCGACCUAUGGGACUUACAUCAUAGCUAGCAUACUCUAUUGUGAUCCCUGGCAUCUUCUGACAUCUUCGUGGGCAUAUUUCCUCGGGAUGCCUUUAACGAUCAAUGUUCUCAAUGUCUACGCGUUCUGCAACUGGCAUGAUGUCUCGUGGGGAACAAAAGGCUCGGAUGAUACCGCCUCCCUUCCAUCUGCCAAGACGAUGAAAUCAGUAACGCAGAAAAGCUUCGUUGAGGAGGUCGACAAGCCUCAGGUCGAUAUCGAUAUCGACUUUGAGUGUACUGUCCGACGCGCCCUUUCACCGUGGCAGGAACCGAAGGAGAAGAAGGAGGUGCAACUGGAGGACUCGUACAAAACUUUCCGAACCAAUUUGGUGCUACUGUGGACAUUAUGCAAUGGCUUGUUGGCAUUGCUGAUCAAUAAUGACAGCGUGAGGAAUCUAUGCUUGACGACUACGUCGACGGAUCGUACGGCCUGGUAUUUCAAAGUCAUCUUAUGGGCUACAUCGGGUCUAUCUGUCUUUAGAUUUCUAGGAGCUCUUUGGUUUCUGGGGAAGACGGGGCUGUUGUGUUGUUUCUCUCGGCGCUAG